AUGACAGAAUCUAUUGCACCACCGGAUACAACUGUUUUUGGAGAUCAUGAACGACCAAAAAGAAUAUUUAAAAUUAUUGUUAUUGGAGAUUCACACGUUGGUAAAACAUGUUUGACAUAUCGGUUUUGUUCAGGAAAAUUUCCUGAAAAAACUGAAGCAACUAUUGGUGUGGAUUUUCGAGAAAAAACAUUGGAAAUCGAUGGUGAAGUAUUUAAACUUCAAAUUUGGGAUACAGCUGGACAAGAAAGAUUUCGCCGAUCAAUGAUCAAUCAUUACUAUCGAAAUGUUCAUGCUAUUGUCUAUGUUUAUGAUGUUACGAAUUUGGCUUCAUUUGAAAAUCUUCCUGGAUGGAUUAAUGAAUGUGAUAAACAUGUACUCGAUCAAGAUUUACCACGAGUUUUAGUUGGCAACAAAUGUGAUGUACCAACUGAUGAGGUUGUUGUACCGAAUAGCGAUGCUCAUAAUAUGCCAUUGUUUGAGACAUCAGCUAAAGCAGAUGAACAUCAAGAUCAUGUCAAUUCAAUAUUUAUGUUAAUUGCACAUAAACUUAAACAUUCAAAACCACUUAUGUCACAACCAAAGUUAUAUGCACAUCGUAAUGUUUCAAUAACAUCAUCGUCAUCAUCACCUACAUCGUCUAACGAUCCGAAUUAUUGCAUGUGCUAA